UCAGACGUAAUACCAUAGAUUUAGGAUUUUUUCGCUACGCUACGUAAUACAUCGAAUCAGCUGAUCACUAUUUUAAGGUUAAUUGUGAUUUGUUGUGCCGGUGAAAUGUACUAUUCAAAUCGUAUAAUUUAACAGUAAUUUUCUUCGUACCUUAUUCAAAUUCUGUUGUAUAUACCGUGUCUCCGACUGUGCAAACACUAGUGCUUCCCAAUUAACUCACUCACGCUACGAAUCUGUUGUAAUUCCAGACGUUUAUUGUAAAAAUGGAACUAAAGGACUCUUUACUACCCGUAUCUAUGGAAAAUUGGGCGGACCUCCAAAAUUUAUUCAAAUGCGAUUGGCCCAGAGGAAUAUCAGCCUACACCAUUUUGGAAACUCAAAGGAAUUGGAAAAAUCAAGGACACGACUAUGGGUUUAAGGUUUUUUGCCCUUUCGGAGAUGGUUCCAACGGCAUGGUGGCUUUUAAUGAAAAGGACACAUUCUACGAAAUCGUUGUUCAGUGUCCUUCAGAUAAUACUAAAAAACUUGAAGAAGCUUUAAAGGAAACUAAACUUGUGGAUUGGAACAGAAAUAUCAUUAUUCCUUUCGCACCACGCCAUGUCAUAGAAUGUAUUAAAAAUGUUGUUAAUGAUGUAAAUGUUGAAAUUGACCUUAUUUUACCAAGUGAAAGCUUUAUAUACGGAAAAGACAAACCCAUUUUUGAUGUCAGCCUACCACCAGACGUAACAUUUGGUCUUCUAUCGGUAGAACACACUGAACUGGUAGACUCUACAUGGCCACAUCGUUAUCCAGGAUCAAUAUGGUACAACCGACUCCUCAUCAGUACAAAAUCAGGUUACGGACUCUUCAACAAUCAUGAACUUAUGUCAUGGGCUUAUAUCAACGAAGCCGGGACUUUGGGGCAUGUAUUUACGUUAGAAAAGUACAGAAGAAGAGGUAAUGCAGAAUUGCUUUUAAAAAUUAUUUGUAAUAAGUUGUUGGAAGAAGGAAAAGACAUAUUUGCUUUUUGCGUUAAAGGGAACAAGGUGGCAUGCAACUUGUACAAGAAAAUCGGUUUUGAUACGUACGAUUGUGGUGUUGCUUGGUGUUAUUUGAGACCGAAAUAG